ACUCUUUCUCUUCCUUUAUCUUGUGAUAUUGAGGACUCUUAUGAUUGGGUUGCUGGUGAUUCUUCUAUAUGUGUUUUCAGGUCUUCAACAACCUGGGAAGUACUAAGACCGAGACAAGAGAUCAAGCAGUGGGCGGAUGUUGUUUGGUUCAAAGGAGCGAUUCCGAAACAGAGCUUUACCAUGUGGAUCGCGAACUACGACAGACUCCCAACGAAAGCAAGACUAGCAACUUGGGGCCUACCGAUCUCUCCUCUUUGCCCUUUCUGCUCAAACUCUGAAGAAACAAGGGAUCAUCUGCUUCUUUCUUGCCCGUACAGCCGCGAGAUAUGGCUCGGCAUUUUCAGAAGGUGUCAACCACCUUCAACGAUGUUAACAAACUGGGCGGAGCUACUGUCUUGGAUCAGAGCCGCACCAUCAGCAAGAUUAACCCUGCUAAGAAAGCUGGCGACCCACACAACAGUUUACUUCUUAUGGAAGCAGAGGAAUAAUUUGAUCCACAAUCAAAUUUCACUUCCCUCUGCUACUGUGUUCAGAGCCAUCGACAGAGAAGUGCGUAAUAUCAUCUCUGCAAGGAGACAUAGGAAAAACUUCGAUUCUCUAAUGCUCAUGUGGCGGUCAUAAUCUUGUUCUUUUGGUAGGAAAAUUAGUGUCCCAUCUUGUUUUUUAUUUCUUUUUGCCAAGAUGGGUUCAAACCUAAGAUAACUCUUGUACUAUCUUCUAUUCAUUUAUGAUAUUUACAUUUUAGCAAAAAAAAAAUGUCCAAAAGGAGCAAACCAUCGACAGUGCAAGUGCAAGAACUAUUGUGUUAGCCAACUCGUCUUAGCCUAGUGGUAAAGGGACUCGAGUUGGAAUUUUUGUCAUGGGUUCGAGUACCAUUAGUAAUCCGUAAACGUUUUAAAUGGCAAAAAAACUAAAUUUUUAUAAACCUCUUAAAACUAUUCUUUGGACCUAAAUUUUUUUUGAAAUCCUACGGUUAUAAGAAAAAACACUUGGAAAAAUCCGACUGCCUAUCUAUUAAUGAAUAUGAGCAACUAAAUAAAAUAAAAUAACUAAAUAACUAAAAAUAUUAAAGUUUUGAAAGAACGAGGAGAAAAGUUAAACUCAUAAAAAAUGAUAGCUGACAAAAAAAUCACAGAUAAAAAAUGAUAAAUCUAAAAAUGUCAACGUUGCUUACAUUUCCAAGAUAACGGGGUCAACUUGUAUUGGGCCGCAAUAGCACAUAAUGUAAAGAAAAUGACAAAGAUAUCGACGGUUUGAAGGUGUCGAUCUAAUCUUCAUCAAACCCCGAAAUUAAUUUAAUAUUUUAAAGAAUAUUUACAUGACUGCGAGACUUUUCUCGAAUGUUAAAAUAAAAGAUCUGGUAUCAACCAAACUAAGCACAAAUUUAUAACAUGAAUGCAUCGUCGUACUAAAAUGGUCAAUGUUGGAUCGAUUCAUUAUAUACAAACUACAAUUCUAAAUAUCACCGAUUUCACACAUUGAAUAUGUUUGAAGUCUCACAUUAUAUCAGGAAAAAUAUACAACUUACAAAAACUACGAUAAACUUCAAUAGUACUUACUCCAUCUACAUCAAUUGAAACAUCAUUUGCAAAAGUUCUGUGUUGGUCCCGUAGAUAGAUACAAAUAAAUGACGGAACAAUCAGGCACACUUUCAGUAAAACUAAAGAUCGCUAGGUAUUUCAUUUUGCUUGAAUCUGUUGAUGAAUCUCGCAGUUGCAUUGGUUUCCAAGUGAGUUUGUGCAUAUACAUGGAGCUUGUGAUUGAUAUGGAUUCUGGAGCAAAACCUAUUCUGAAUAUGAAUAUAAUUGAAUUUUUUAUUCUUUUGUAUACUCUAAUUGAUCUAGUGAAUGGGUUAUAGGCUUCCAGUAAAACCAAAAACUAUUAGCUCUUUAUCUCUUCUUAUCAAGUAUUAGGGAUGUUAAAUGGGUGGGGUGUCCAAAACAUAAUAAACGGUAACUGACAUAUCUGUUUAUCGAUUAACACGAUUUUGCCGCGCAGGUUGGAUCGUAUAAUCAUUGGCAGAUCUAAAGUACUUCAAAAAUUAAGUUAAAAUCGAUUUGGAGGAAAGUCAGCAAUCUCUAUACAAAGAAAAUUUCAAUUUGGACAUUCCUUUUUAACCAUGAACUGUCCUCCAUUUGGACAUGAAUAGCUCAUUGCUAUCCAGCCAGCUGACCGUACUUUUAUUUGUGUUUGGUCAUAUUUGGACCGUGAACCAUCAGUGUCAGUGGCGGGCGGCGGCAAAGAAGUAGGGGUCAGUUGACCCCUAUCAAUUUUUAAAUUUAGUUUAAUAUAACCUAUAACUUUAAUAUAUAUUGAAUGAUUUGUUCAUUUUUAAGGGUUUGACCCCCCCUUGUUUAUUAUGAAAUCUUUAAAAUUUUUAUACAUAUAUGAUUUUGACCCAUUGAAUUUUGUUUCUACCUCUUCGCCACUGAUCAGUGUUCCAGAAAAAAUGUUCAUUUGGACUUGUACGAUCCAUCUGACACCUCUAUUAAAAAAACUUGUAAGACUAAUUGGACUCCAAAUUGAUCCAUGGCUGGUUUAGUUCUUGACUUGAGCAUUUACUAUCCUCAGUCCAUCUCAGAAACACGAUUAGACUUCAGUUGAAUUGAGUUCAGGGACGGACCCAUGAUUGAAUAUUAGUGGGGUCAAAAAACAUUAAUGCGCUAGUGAUGGGUAUCGAAACCUGAUUUCUGUGGGUUCAAGAACUGUAAUUUACCAACUCUACUGUUUAUUCUUUGACAAUUUUGUUAUACAAAACGAAUCUCAUGUGGUGGUAAAUGCCAUUUGGUUUGGUGAACUGUAACUCGAGACUUGUUAUCUCCUCUUAUCAAGAACUUGGUAUGAUGACUUCUUGACUAGUGUUAUUGUAUUGGCUGUGUGAAAAGUGAAAAAGCAAGCACUUCAGGCUUCUCAUGUGUUGUCCUUUUACAAAUUUCAAUACUCAAAAAGAUAGAACUGCAUAAGUACAGAGCACUAAGUCCAGAAAUAGUAAACCCAACAACAAAAGUUUUUAUGCUUAUCUUGUGCGCAUGCUUCCUUAUCCCCUUCUGCACUUAUUAUUGGAGAUAGUGACUAGCCAAUCUCCGUAUCUGUUCACUUCUCGUUAAAGCACUCUAUAUAUCAAGAGUAUUGUGGCAUCAUAGAUAUACAACAGAGCUGAGUCUGUUUCUUUCUGCCAUAGUGUGAGAUACGGUUCACAUGUGCAACUGUUAUGUACGUAACAAUAAAUUACAUACUGAACUUGCAUGGAUCAUUAUGAUUACUGCACCUGCUUUAACAAAAAAAAGGGAAUUCCAUCCAGUUGUUUUUACAUAUUUACUGUUCAUGUUUUCCCUUUACAUCGCAUUAGCUUUGAAACCUAGACUUAGGCCCAACUAAGCCUUUAUUCAUAAUAUUAGUUCAGAAACCUAUCUACAAGAAUAGAACAGAACAUGAAGCCUAUUUACUUUCUCUUUGCAGUAAACUAGAUACUUUGCAUUCUUCAGAGACCGACCAUGGCAGGGAACAUGAUUUGAUCAUAAGCCGCAAAUCUCACUGUCCUCAACAAAAGCACCAUCAGAAUCUGAUACCAAUAAGGCCAAUUAAUGGCGUUUGUUUCAUCAAGAGGUGAGUACGAAAUUAUAUCGGUGUAGACUGAAAAGCUUAAUAGAAUCCAAGUACGACAUUUUUAAGGCUGAGACCAACUGUCUGUAAGUCAAAGAGUUACUGUCCGAUUUCCUUAUCAAAAGUUUUUUUUUUCUCCUGAUCACAAUUUAUAUCUCGUUUUUGGUUAUAAUUAACUUGCACAUCAAAAAAUGAUGAUCAACUUGACUAAAAUUUGGGCCCACCUAGAAACAUAUAUCACCCAUAUUGAUUGGCUUAGGUUUUGUUCGACAACAGCAUCCAGUGAUCAGAAAAUGUCACAUGACACAGCCAUCACAGGUCGGGCACCUUUUCAGUUACUUAUUGUUGUGUAGUGACUUGUUUUGUUGCCUCUGCCAACCUUUUAACGUUGCUCAUCACCAACAGUUUAUGGUGCAUGAAAGCUCUUUUGCUGGCACAGAUGAUGACUCGAAGACAUAUCUGCAGAUUCUGCACCAACCUCCAAGUUCUGACCUCGAAUUUAUAAGCAACCAUCAACAUCACAUUUUCACCUAAAAAGGUAAACGCUUCCCCUUACCUCAUUCUUUCCACGACUUUUGACCUUUCAAAUUAUUAAGUGUCAAUCGAAGUUGAAUAUUUAGUGACUAGGAGGUCUAUUCAUGUAUACCAGUCCGGUGAAAGUUUUGUAAAAAAAUAUGAGAAGACAAGAUGAAAUAUAGGUACUUCUUAUGAAUACUUAGGAAGUAAUUUGUGUGUUUUGUUCAAAAAAAGAGAAAGAAAAGAGGUAGUAAUUUGAGUGAUAUUAGAGCAUGAUUAAUUUAACUCAUGAUUUAACAUCUUUUUUUUUACACUUUUCAACUAAAAAUGACUCUUAUAUCUUUUAUUUAAGAGACGGUUAUUAUUUUUUCUUAAUUGAAAUCUAAAAAAAGUUAGGAACCGUCUCUUAAUCGAAGCUAAAAACCCUAGUUAAAAGAUUGUGGUUAAUCAGAUUGUGGUUAAUCAUGGUCUUAGAUUUAAUUCAAGGGUAUUGCAUUGAUCAAAGUUUGUUCUCCUUAUGAUGUUAAGAAGAAAUUGUAUUAUAAUGAAAUAGGAGACAAGAGUGCUUUAGCCUGUAAUCGUAAGAAGAACAUAGCUGUAACCUUAAAAGUUAGUAUGUACUGCUCCUACCAAAAGCUUUAAAACGAUAUGAAAAGUUCAGGAUUUUUAAUAACCUAUAUUUUAGCAAAAGUUUAUAAAGUAGUUUUAUAUAAUCCAGAAACUCAUCUAUUUAGAAUCUAAGUUAGUGAUAUCCUUUUCAUCAUUCCCACUAUGAGCGAGGGAGAUCACUCCUCAGGAUCCACUACCACCAGUGAUACAAAAAUAUGUAUAGUUUAGUCCGUGGAGCCUAGAUUAAAGAUAUUCUUAUGACAAUAUUAAAGAUAUUCUUAUGACAAUAUCCAUAGUAGGCUUAUCUUAGUCUCUGUGUGCGUAGAUGUUCUUUUCCACCAGAUAUUAUAAAGGAAUGAUAGGAGAUGUUUUAGUUAAUUUGAUCAAACAUUUGAAUAUAAGGCAAAAUAAAUGCCCUAAUAAAAUGUAUUAGUGGGGAAAAGGGCCAAGUUGUCCAUAAACAAACGUGAAAAAACAAAAAAAAAGCUGUCUAUCACUAAAGAAGAAGUGAGAAAAAGUGGGUCACAGAUCAAAUCCUAAAUCAAGAUAUUUAUUUGGGCCCUAAGCACAAUCAUAUUGGUAAGUUUGUGUCAGUCAUUAGAAGAUAUAAAAAUACCUUUCUGCUUUUGCUGGUAGUGAAAAAUUAUUGUUCAUAAAGUAUCUGUUUUCCUCAAAAUUAACAGAAUUAAGAAAUGAAGUUAUUGGUUGACCGUUGAUUUGUGUUUAGAGUUCGGUUUCACUAGGAAACAUGUUAUUUUGGAUAAACUGUGAGAAGGCUACAUGAUAGCCUUGCGAAGUUAAAAUAUUGGUAGGCUGUCUGACUUUGUUACGAAAUUUAUAAAUAACUGAAGAUUCUUAGAUUUUGGUACAAAAUCUUGUCCUAAUCCAAGUGAAGAGACCAUAGGUUUAUCUUCAUUUAAGUAAUCACCACUUUCCGAAAGUAAAAGAGAAGAAUAAAAAAAAUGAAUGCUUAUAGAAGAUGUACAUAGUAACAAAGUGGUUGUAUUGCUAUUGGUUGAAGUUGGUGAUCAAUUUUUACUGAUUGCAUAGACUUGGUCAAUACAAAUUCAACGUUUUGGUAGAUAAAACCUAUGAUUGAUGCUUGGCAAGUGCCAAAUAAUCUAAUAACCAAAAUGAGUCAGGAAAUGAAAUGAUGGGUUAUAAUUAUAUAGGUCCCAUGUUAGUGAGGAUUGAGACACUUGAAUCUAAUCCUUAAGCAUUAUAAAGUUUCUAUUCAUCUUGUUUAGUGGAACCUCAUCAGCUGCUUACUCGCUUGUUUCCUUUUGAUUAUAUUAAAAGAGCCAUUAGGAAUAUAUGCGCUGCAAUUUUAUAUAACCCAAAAGGCUCUUUUCUCCACGACUUUCCUCUUCCUGAUUAUGUACAUAAACAUGUAUUCACAUCACAUGGGAUAUGUACUGUUUAAGUUUCUUAUGUCAUCAUAUCUAACCCCCCUGUUUUUAGGAUAUAUGUUGAGUUUUUAUUUGAAGAAUGAAACUCUCUUAAUCUAAAAAUAUAAAUUGUGAUAUUUGGUACAUAAAAUGCAUUCAUAAGGAACUUUAUUUUACUAUAAUUUUUUUAUAGAUAUUUUAUACCACAAGAGAAUCCCAGUAUGAUAACCAAUAUGGUUGCACAGUUACUUGCUUUUGGGUAGAGAUGUAGUACAUUCACAGGAUAUCUAUAUAUACUCUCCUCUUGUGCUUCCUCAACUUCCAUCAAAACUUUCAUUUCUCAUUUGGGUCUUUCCUUUCAGUUUUAUUUCUUUCUGGUGGGUGUGAUUUCAAAAAGCUAAAAAUUAUGGUUGAUCCUCAAACACCAAUCCCACCUCACCUAUAUCCACAAGCAGUUCAACUCAAACUCUAUCAAGCCUUCAUCUUCUCCAUUCCCAUCUUAUUCUCUAUCAUUCUCUUCCUCCUGUUCUAUCUUUUUUACCUUAAGAGAAGAGCUUCUGCUCUCUCCUCUCCUCCGAUGAUUCUUCCUGUAUCCUCGACCCACCAGCCUUCUUCUCAUCUCACCUCGGUUUGUUUGUUAGAUGUGAAAGUAGAGCUCAAAGACAAGCUUCAUGUCGUUUUUUUCAAUGAAGAGCUAGAAACAAGAGAUUCUCUAUGUUGCGUAUGUUUGGGAGAAUUCGAGUUAAAGGAAGAGUUGGUGGAAAUGCCUUCAUGCAAACAUAUAUUUCAUCUCGAUUGUAUUCACCUUUGGCUCUAUUCUCAUACCACUUGCCCUCUCUGUCGCUCCUCUGUCUUCAUCCCUUCGACCAAAACCUUGGUGGACGACAACGACCAUCCAGACUCUUCCCAAACGUCACCGGUUUGACUCAUUGACCCGAAAGAAAUAAACAAAUACAAAUUUUGUUAGCGAGUAGAUCAUCAAUACAAAAGUUGUAAAUCUUCAAAUUUUAUUAGAUUUUGAUGAUGCAAGAGACCACAAUGUAUUACAUCACAUUACAAAGUGGAUAUAUAUUCUGUGUCUUCUGCCUGA